AUGUCGAGCACUCCCAUGCAGACCCGCUUUGGGUGCUACAUCGGCAACAUUGACCGCUCCGUUACGAUUGACAUGCUGAGGCAGGUGUUUUGUCAAUGUGGCACCAUCAUCGACUGCUCGCUGAAUGGGCGUGAGGGGGACCCGUACCGCUUUGGCUUCAUUGACUUCGCUACGGAGGAUGACCGCGCUCGAGCUAUGAAGUACAACGGCUUCACCCUCGUCGGCCGCAAGCUGAAGGUUGGCGUGAGCAAGGGAAACGUGAACAAACCCGAAGGCUUCGCGACCGGCAACGGCGUCGGCGGCGGUCACCUCCGGAUGGGUGGAAACCGCCACUACAACAACGAUGGCAGCAUGAUGAUGAGCGUCAAUGGCCUCUCACCACAGCAGCAGAUGGAGGCACGGUUGCUGCUCCAGUUCCUUCAGGAGGGCAAGAUGGACCCGCGGCAGCUCUCACCGGCGCAGCAGCAACUGCUCAUUACCUACCUCGGCCACGGCAACAGCAACAGUGUGACCAACGGCAGCAGUACGAACAGCGACAGCAGUACGCCGGCAUUGGCGCAGCAGUCGCAGAUGGGGGUCAUAGGCAGCAGCGCAAUGCAGUCGCCGCUGCCGCCGCCGACGAUGCACAAUAGCAACAACAUGAUGAGUGAUGCUGCUGCGUUCAUGCCAAGCUCGAACGUUGGUAACAGCGGCGCUGGGACUGGUAUGCCCAUGAUGGGUGGUGGUGCCCCUCAAGGGAUUCAUAUAAGUGUUGGGCCCAGCAUGAUGGACCCGAUGAGUGGCGGUUAUGGGAUGAUGCCGCCGCCCCAGCAACAGCAGCAGUGGGGUGAUAUGCCAAUGAACGGGCCUGGCAUGUUCCCGCCCAAGAUGUGUGGCCCGCCGCUCAGUCAGCAGCAACAGAUGCCGAUGCAGUCGAGUCUGCAGCAACCGUACAACCUAGGCGGUGGUGCCGCAUUGAUUAGCGGAUCGGGCGCUACGGAGCAAAACCGCAGUGCCUUUGUAAAUCCCCCGCCUGCGGUGGAGAUCCUAAAGCUGCGCGAGAGGCAGCGCGAGCAGUUUUUUGAGGUGGUUCGAAAGGACGCGGAGAAGUACGAACGAAAGCUCCAGGAGAAGAAGGCGCACUCGGCGGCUGGCGGCGAUGCCGAGCGCAGCAUCGACAGCUCAGCCUCGGACGAUGAUGAAGACAAGAGGCCGACGAAGAGGUCAAGGAAAUAG